UCCCAUUGGUUGGCUGUUGACCGGAAGUACUCUCAGAUCCACUCUGUUCUCUCGGCUCCGUGGCAUUUUGCGGCACAGGCUGUCUGCUGCAGCUGGUUUUACACUUAACUCACAGCUGUAAGCACAGGCAGGCAUGGACAAAGGCGGAAUUAUGUGAUCAUCGCAUGGAUUUAGCCAGGACCAAUGUAUGAAGACAGCUAUAGGUUGGAGCCAAGAAACAAGACCAUCAGGGUAAAAUGACAUAAAGGCCCCUCUAAACCUCUAAGAUGAUGUGCAGAAGCACAGUGUAAGUAAUGUGAUCAGGGGGGAAAGGGAAUGCAGACUUGCCAGCUAUAGCUUGUAUUCAAGCGUGAUGCCCAGGCGGGGGUUGACGCUCCAGGGCCGGGUCCGCUGGCUCUUUCUGGGCCUCUUCCUGCUGCUGGUGCUGCUUCUAUUCGCAUACCUGCUGGAGUGCACCCCUCCAGCAGACGUCAGCCUGGCCCUACCCGGCCUAGCAGGGGAGACCUACGGGAAGGAGUACUACCAGGCCCUGCUGCAGGAACAGGAGGAGCGCCACCUCACCCGUGCCACCAGUCUCAAGCGCCAGAUUGCCCAGCUCAAGCAGGAGCUGCAGGAAAUGGGCGAGAAGCUAAAGCUCCUGCAGGACAAGAAGGAGCCCCCUGGGGUGCAGGGCCUGGCCGAGACCAAAGACCAAGAGCCGGGAGAUCUGCUGGAGUACCUGCACUCUCAGAUCGACAAGGCUGAGGUAAACACAGGGGCACGCCUCCCCAGCGAGUAUGCCCUGGUGCCCUUUGAGAGUUUCACUUCGUCCAAGGUGUACCAGCUGGAGAUGGGUCUGACGCGGCACCCAGAGGAGAAACCUGUCCGCAAAGACCGCAGAGACGAGCUGGUGGAGGUCGUCGAGGCUGCGCUGGACAUUAUAAACAACCCUGAUGAGGAGGAUGGUGUAGAGGAAGACAUGCCGAUGCAGAGACAAACCUACACAGAGGGCCACUUUACUGAAGGACUGUACAGGACGGAGCGAGACAAAGGGACUCUAUACGAGCUCUUCUUUGCCAAAGAGGGUUCCAGCAGCUUCCGUCAUGUCACGCUCUUCAGGCCUUUUGGUCCCUUGAUGAAAGUCAGGAGCACAUCUGUAGAAACAUCAGGAAUGAUUAUUAACAUCAUUGUGCCGCUGGCAGGCAGAGUGGAAACUUUCUCACAGUUCUUACACAACUUCAGGGAGGUGUGCAUACAGAAGGACAGACGAGUACAUCUCACAGUGGUUUAUUUUGGGCCUGAAGGUCUGCAGGAGGUCAAGGCUUCUUUGGAGAAAAUGUCAAGGGAGGAAAGCUUCUCCAAUUACACUCUGAUCCCGGUGGACGAGGAGUUCUCACGAGGCCGUGGUCUGGAUAUCGGAGCCCACGCCUGGAAGAAAGGCGACGUCUUAAUGUUUUUUUGUGAUGUUGACAUCCAUUUUACACUUGAGUUCCUUAACACAUGUCGUCUCCAUGCUGCUCCAAAUAAGAAGGUAUUCUAUCCAGUGGUGUUCAGUCUGUACAAUCCUGCCAUAGUCUAUGGGAAUUUGGAGCUGGCUCCACCAACUGAACUCCAACUGAUUCACAAAAAAGAUGCUGGAUUCUGGAGAGAUUUUGGCUUUGGAAUGACGUGUCAGUAUCGCUCAGAUUUCCUAAAUAUUGGUGGGUUCGAUCUUGAAGUCAAAGGCUGGGGUGUGGAAGACGUUCACUUGUACAGGAAGUAUCUCCGGAGCGAAUUGAUAGUGAUUCGGACGCCAGUUUCCGGUCUUUUCCACCUCUGGCACGAGAAGCAGUGUGCAGACGAGCUGACUCCGGAGCAGUACCGCAUGUGCAUCCAGUCCAAAGCCAUGAACGAGGCCUCCCACUCGCACCUGGGCAUGCUCGUGUUCCGGGACGAGAUCGAGUCUCACCUACGCAAGCAGGCCUUCAAGACUCAGAUCAAAACAGAGGACUGAACGGGCC